AUGCAGAGGAAUCAAUCUUCCAUAUUGUUCUUCCAGCUUCUUGGGUUUCAGCAUGCCCAAAGUCUUAGAUAUCCCCUCUUCUGCUUCUUUCUCCUAAUAUACAUUAUUAUCUUAUCAGGGAAUUUUCUAAUCAUGAUGCUUGUAUUAUUGAGUAAAAAACUCCGAUCACCUAUGUAUUUCUUCUUGAGCCACCUAUCACUUUGUGAUGUAUUUUGCACUACCAAUAUCAUCCCAAACAUGUUACAUAUUUUACUCUGCGAAUGGUGCAGUCAGGAAAGUCAAAUGAACAUGAGCAAGACAAACCAAACAGAAGCUUUCGAAUUUGUCCUGCUUGGAUCCAUGUCCUACGAUCGUUAUCUAGCCAUCUGCAAUCCUUUACAUUAUACCUCCACUAUGGGACAUGGGGUUUGCCUGAAGCUUGUAGGUGCCUCUUGGCUGGUAGGACUUUUAGUUACUCUCAAUACAUCUCUAAUGAUGUUUAGUAGUGAUUUUUGUGGGCCAAACAUCAUUGACCACUUCAUUUGUGAACUGGGUCCACUUUUAAAACUGUCGUGUUCCAAUACAUCCAUGUUGGAAACCUUAAUCUUCGUAUUGUCCAUCCCUAUAAUAGUUAUUCCUUUUGUAUUCAUUAUAGCGAGCUAUGUGUGCAUCUUUCUGACAGUUCUCAAGAUUCCAUCCAGUACUGGAAGGAAGAAAACCUUCUCCACUUGUAGCUCACACCUGACAUCAGUGAGCACCUACUAUGGAACCCUGACCGCAAUCUAUGUUGUUCCAAAUAGAGGCCAUGCACUCUCUAAGGCUUUGUAUGUCGUGUAUACAGUGGUGACUCCAUUAUUCAAUCCAGUUAUUUAUAGUCUGAGGAAUCAGGAAAUAAGGAAGGCAUUUGAGAUGCUGUUAAACAAGAUAAAAUAA